AUGAUGGAAGAAUUGCAUAGCCUGGACCCACGAAGGCAGGAGCUACUGGAGGCCAGGUUCACUGGAGUUGGGGUUGCUAAGGUUGGUGCUUCAAAUUCCCUCCCUACCCCCCCAAGUCUCCGUCCGUCAUGCUCCGCACUGGCAUUGGGUCCACUAAAUAGUGAGUCUUCCAACCAGAGCUUGUGCAGCGUGGGUUCUCUGAGUGAUAAAGAAUUGGAGACUCCUGAGAAAAAACAGAAUGACCAGCGGAAUAGGAAAAGGAAAGCAGAAGCUUAUGAGACCAGCCAAGGAAAAGGCACUCCUAGAGGACAUAAAAUUAGUGAUUACUUUGAGUUUGCUGGGGGAAGUGGCCCAGGAACCAGCCCUGGCAGAAGCGUGCCGCCCGUCGCCAGGUCCUCACCGCAGCACUCUCUAUCCAACCCCUUGCCGCGGCGAGUGGAGCAGCCGCUGUAUGGGGUAGACGGCAGCACAGCCAAGGAGGCGCAGGAGGAACACUCUGCUCUGCCAACCCUGAUGUCGGUGAUGCUGGCGAAGCAGCGGCUAGAGAAUGAGCAGCUGGCCCAGAGGGGAGGUGGCCUCUGCUUUACUUUUGUCUCGGCCCAGCAAGGCAGCCCAUCUUCUACUGGAUCAGGGAACACUGAGCAUUCCUGCACUUCCCAAAAACAGAUUUCCAUCCAGCACAAACAGUCCCAGUCUGACCUCACAAUGGAAAAAAUAUCUGCACUAGAAAACAGUAAGAACUCUGACUUGGAGAAGAAGGAAGGGAGGAUAGAUGACUUAUUAAGAGCCAACUGCGAUUUGAGGCGGCAGAUAGAUGAGCAGCAGAAGAUGCUGGAGAAGUACAAGGAGCGGUUGAACAGAUGUGUAACAAUGAGCAAGAAGCUUCUCAUAGAGAAGUCAAAGCAGGAGAAGAUGGCAUGCCGAGAUAAGAGCAUGCAGGACCGCUUGAGGCUGGGGCACUUCACCACUGUGCGGCACGGCGCCUCCUUCACCGAGCAGUGGACAGAUGGCUACGCCUUCCAGAACCUCAUCAAGCAACAGGAAAGGAUAAAUUCCCAGCGGGAAGAAAUCGAGAGGCAAAGAAAAAUGUUAGCGAAACGGAAGCCACCUGCCAUGGGCCAGACCCCUCCAGCCAGCAACGAGCAGAAGCAGCGCAAGAACAAGACCAACGGAGCAGAAAACGAAACGUUAACGUUAGCAGAGUACCACGAACAGGAAGAAAUCUUCAAACUCCGACUAGGUCAUCUUAAAAAGGAAGAAGCAGAGAUCCAGGCAGAGUUGGAACGGCUAGAGAGGGUUAGAAAUCUACAUAUCAGGGAAUUGAAAAGGAUACACAAUGAAGAUAAUUCACAAUUUAAAGACCAUCCGACGCUAAACGAUAGAUAUUUGUUGCUACAUCUCCUGGGUAGAGGAGGCUUCAGUGAAGUAUAUAAGGCAUUUGAUUUAACAGAACAGAGAUAUGUAGCUGUGAAAAUCCACCAGUUAAAUAAAAACUGGAGAGAUGAGAAGAAAGAAAACUAUCACAAACAUGCAUGUAGAGAGUACAGAAUUCACAAAGAACUGGAUCACCCUCGAAUAGUGAAGCUUUACGACUACUUUUCGCUGGAUACUGACUCGUUUUGUACAGUGUUAGAAUACUGUGAGGGGAAUGAUCUGGACUUCUACCUGAAGCAGCACAAGUUAAUGUCAGAGAAAGAGGCAAGAUCCAUCAUCAUGCAGAUUGUGAAUGCUUUAAAAUACUUAAAUGAAAUCAAACCUCCCAUCAUACACUAUGACCUUAAACCAGGUAACAUUCUUCUAGUCAAUGGUACUGCGUGUGGAGAGAUAAAAAUCACAGAUUUUGGACUUUCCAAAAUCAUGGAUGAUGACAGCUACAACUCUGUGGAUGGCAUGGAGCUGACCUCGCAGGGGGCUGGUACUUACUGGUAUUUGCCACCAGAAUGUUUCGUGGUUGGGAAGGAACCUCCAAAGAUUUCAAAUAAAGUUGAUGUCUGGUCAGUGGGAGUCAUCUUCUAUCAGUGUCUCUAUGGCAGAAAGCCCUUUGGUCACAACCAGUCACAACAAGAUAUCCUGCAGGAGAACACAAUUCUGAAAGCUACCGAGGUGCAGUUCCCUCCAAAGCCAGUAGUCACACCAGAAGCAAAGGCGUUCAUCAGACGUUGCUUGGCCUACCGAAAGGAGGAUCGGAUAGACGUCCAGCAGCUGGCCUGUGACCCCUACUUGCUGCCUCACAUCCGCAAGUCUGUCUCCACGAGCAGCCCAGCUGGAGCUGCCAUUGCAUCAACCUCUGGAUCAUCCAAUAACAGCUCUUCAAACUGAGACAGAGAAAUAGGCCAAAAAAAA